GGCGAGGCUGAAAUCGCCGAGCGCGAUGCCUGAGGGCGCUGUGAGCCGGGCGGCCCUCGCGCCCCGGGGCUGGUCGGUGAGACGGCAUAUUGGAGUGUCCUGUGAACUCAGAAGGCGGUGCCAGUAUUGAGACAAGUCCCAAGAUUGGGCCAGGGACUGCCCCAAGGGGGUCCUCAUCAUGAUGGCCGUGGAAGGGUCAACCAUUACCAGCCGUCUCAAGAACCUGUUGAGAUCCCCGUCCAUCAAACUACGCAGGAGUAAGACAGGAACCCGGCGAGAGGACCUCAGCUCCAAGGUGACCUUGGAGAAGGUGCUGGGAAUAACAGUGUCUGGAGGCAGAGGACUUGCCUGUGACCCCCGAUCAGGUUUAGUUGCCUACCCAGCUGGGUGUGUGGUUGUGUUGUUCAACCCCCGGAAGCACAAACAGCACCACAUCCUCAAUAGUUCCAGAAAAACCAUCACUGCCCUUGCCUUCUCCCCGGAUGGCAAGUACUUGGUCACCGGAGAGAGUGGGCACAUGCCUGCCGUGCGGGUGUGGGACGUGGCAGAGCACAGCCAGGUGGCAGAACUGCAAGAGCAUAAGUAUGGUGUGGCUUGUGUGGCCUUCUCCCCUAGUGCCAAGUACAUUGUCUCUGUGGGCUACCAGCAUGACAUGAUUGUCAACGUUUGGGCCUGGAAGAAAAACAUUGUGGUGGCAUCCAACAAGGUAUCCAGUCGAGUGACAGCAGUGUCUUUCUCUGAAGAUUGCAGCUACUUUGUCACUGCAGGCAACCGGCACAUCAAAUUCUGGUAUCUUGAUGACAGCAAGACCUCAAAGGUGAAUGCCACCGUGCCCCUGCUGGGCCGCUCAGGGCUGCUGGGGGAGCUACGGAACAACCUGUUCACGGAUGUGGCCUGUGGCCGAGGGAAGAAGGCAGACAGCACCUUCUGCAUCACGUCCUCAGGGCUGCUGUGCGAGUUCAGUGAUCGGAGGCUUUUGGACAAGUGGGUGGAGCUGAGAACCACAGUGGCCCACUGCAUCUCUGUGAGCCAGGACUACAUCUUCUGUGGCUGCGCUGAUGGCACUGUGCGCCUUUUCAACCCUUCUAACCUGCACUUCCUCAGCACCCUUCCCCGACCGCACGCUCUGGGAACAGACAUUGCCAGUGUCACUGAGGCCAGUCGUCUCUUCUCUGGAGCAGCCAAUGCCAGGUAUCCAGACACCAUUGCCUUGACCUUUGAUCCUACCAAUCAGUGGCUGUCUUGUGUGUACAACGACCACAGCAUUUAUGUUUGGGACGUGAGGGACCCCAAGAAAGUGGGCAAGGUGUACUCGGCGCUCUAUCACUCCUCCUGCGUCUGGAGUGUGGAGGUCUACCCCGAGGUGAAGGACAGUAACCAAGCCUGCCUACCCCCCAGUUCCUUUAUUACCUGUUCCUCAGACAACACCAUCCGCCUGUGGAACACAGAGAGCUCCGGGGUGCAUGGCUCUACCCUGCAUCGCAACAUCCUCAGCAACGACCUCAUUAAAAUCAUCUAUGUGGAUGGGAAUACCCAGACUCUGCUGGACACUGAGCUGCCCGGAGGUGACAAGGCUGAUGGGUCCCUGAUGGACCCCCGCGUGGGCAUCCGCUCUGUGUGCAUCAGUCCCAAUGGACAGCAUCUAGCUUCAGGAGACCGUGUGGGCACACUUAGAGUACAUGAGCUGCAGUCCCUCAGUGAGAUGCUGAAAGUGGAGGCCCACGACUCAGAGAUUCUGUGCCUGGAGUACUCUAAGCCAGACACAGGUCUGAAGCUGUUAGCCUCAGCGAGCCGGGACCGGCUGAUUCACGUGCUGGACGCUGGACGGGAGUACAGCCUACAGCAGACGUUGGAUGAGCACUCCUCAUCCAUCACUGCCGUCAAGUUUGCAGCCAGUGAUGGGCAAGUCCGCAUGAUCAGCUGUGGAGCAGACAAGAGCAUCUACUUCCGCACUGCACAGAAGUCUGGAGAUGGAGUCCAGUUUACACGAACACACCACGUGGUACGGAAGACGACCCUCUAUGACAUGGACGUGGAGCCCAGCUGGAAGUACACAGCCAUUGGCUGCCAGGACCGUAACAUUCGGAUCUUUAACAUCAGCAGUGGGAAACAGAAGAAGCUGUUUAAAGGGUCACAGGGUGAGGACGGCACUCUCAUUAAGGUGCAGACAGACCCCUCAGGAAUCUAUAUUGCCACCAGCUGCUCCGACAAGAACCUCUCCAUUUUUGACUUCUCCUCAGGCGAGUGCGUGGCCACCAUGUUUGGCCACUCAGAGAUUGUCACUGGCAUGAAAUUUAGUAAUGACUGCAAACAUCUCAUCUCUGUGUCAGGGGACAGCUGCAUAUUUGUAUGGCGUCUGAGUUCCGAGAUGACCAUCAGCAUGAGGCAGCGUCUGGCGGAGCUACGCCAGCGUCAGCGAGGGGGCAAGCAGCAAGGACCAUCCUCUCCCCAAAGGGCUUCUGGACCCAACCGGCACCAGGCCCCAUCGAAGCUGUCUCCUGUACCAGCUCUCUCAUCUGACAGUGACAAGGAAGGGGAAGACGAAGGUACCGAAGAAGAAGAACUUCCAGCUCUGCCCAUCCUUGCCAAGAGUACCAAGAAGGAGCCAGCCUCAGUCCCCAGCCCAGCUUUGCCCCGGAGCCUGUCCCACUGGGAGAUGAGUCGGGCACAGGAGACGGAGUUCCUAGGCCCAGCUCCUGCAGCCAACCCAGGGCCCAGAAGAAGGGGGCGCUGGGCUCAGCCAGGGGUAGAGCUGAGUGUGCGCUCCAUGCUGGACCUGCGGCAGCUGGAGACGCUGGCCCCGAACCCUCGGGGCCCCAACCACGACUUGUUGGCCACGACCCUAUCUGGUCAGCAGGCCCCUGAGCCCUCACGCACCAGCCAGAAGGAAAAGCCCCCUCGGCCUCAGGCUUCCCAGCCCUGUUCCUGCCCCCACAUAAUCCGAUUGUUGUCACAAGAGGAAGGGGUCUUUGCCCAAGACCUGGAGCCUGCACCUGUUGAAGAUGGCAUUGUCUACCCAGAGCCGAGUGACAGCCCCACCAUGGACACCAGUGAGUUCCAGGUACAGGCUCCGGCCCGAGGAAUCCUGGGAAGAGUGUACCCAGCCAGCAAGGGCUUGGAGAAGCACAGUCCUGACAGUGCCUGCUCUGUGGAUUACAGCAGCAGCCGCCUUUCCAGCCCUGAGCACCCCAAUGAAGACUCUGAGAGCACAGAGCCCCUGAGUGUGGAUGGCAUCUCCUCAGACCUUGAAGAACCAGCCGAGGGCGAUGAAGAGGAGGAGGAAGAGGAGGGAGGCACUGGCCCUUAUGGACUGCAGGAUGGCAGCCCCCAUACUCCAGACCAGGAACAGUUUCUGAAACAGCACUUUGAGACCCUGGCCCAUGGGGCUGCUCCAGGGGCCCCAGUCCAGGUGCCAGAGAGGACAGAGUCUCGGAGCAUCUCUUCACGAUUCCUGCCGCAAGCUCAGAACCCCCCACUCAGGGAACCAACUCCUUCCUCUUCAAGCCUGGCACAGGUGUUGAGGCCAGUCCAGGUGCCUCUGGCAUCUAGUGAGCAGCUGAGAGGCAAUGGCGCCUCCCCCCCAGGAGCACCCCCAGACAUGGAGCCCUCCCCUGGCCACCCCAGCCCCCAGCAGGCAGUUCCUGUGCUGCUGCCACGCCGCCGCCUCAACCCUGACAGCAGCUGGGUCCCCAAGAGAGUGGCCACAGCCAGCCCCUUAGCUGGACUCCAGAAAGCCCAGUCUGUACACAACCUGGUACAACAGGAUGAGGUACCUUUGUCAGGCCCAUUGCUCUCACAGGAGAUCGAAGCCCAGGAUUGUCUGGGCUCCCUGCCCAAGACCAGUGGUCGCGCAUCUCGGCCCCACUCCUACCAGAACCCCACCACCAGUUCCAUGGCCAAGAUAUCCCGCAGCAUCUCUGUUGGGGAGAACCUGGGCCUGGCAGCUGAACCUCAAGCUCCUGCUCCCAUUCGGGUCUCACCACUCGGCAAACUGGCCCUACCCAGCCGGGCUCACUUGGUCCUGGACAUCCCCAAACCACUCCCUGACCGUCCUACCCUGGCCACAUUCUCACCUGUAACCAAGGGCCGGGCCCCUGGUGAAGCAGAAAGGCCCAGCUCCCCAGCGGGCCUAGGAAAAACUCACAGUACAUCUGAGAGGUGGACCUGUUUGGGGGAGGAUGCCACUUCCAAGCCUAGGACAGAGUGCCAGGCUAACCCUGGGCCCAGCAGCCCCUGUGCCCAGCACCUGCCAGACAGCAGCCUCCUCCGAGGCCCUGAGAACUCACAGCCCCCACCCCCUGAGAAGACUCCCAACCAUGUGGAAUGCACCAGGCCAGGGGCGGCCCUGAGCCAGGACUCAGAACUGGCGGUGAGCCUGGAGCAGUGCGAACAACUUGUGGCAGAACUGCGUGGCAGUAUGCGCCAGGCCAUGCGGCUCUACCACUUGGUGGCUGGCUGCAAGACACCCUCGGCAGAGCAAAGUCGCAUCGCUCAGCUCCUCAGAGACACCUUCUCUUCAGUGCGACAGGAGCUAGAGGUCCUGGCUGGGGCUGCGCUGUCCAGCCCAGCUGGGAGCCCCGGGGCUGUGGGAGCAGAGCAGACCCAGGCCCUGCUAGAGCAGUACUCAGAGCUGCUGCUUCGAGCGGUGGAGCGGCGCAUGGAGCGCAGGCUCUGAGUUCCAGCCUGUCCUAGUGAACACUCCCCUCUUCCACUCACCAAAACCUGCAGAGAUGGCAGGGGUCGGAGGUGGAAGGUGAACAGCUUUCCCAGCUGCUUCUCACAGGGCCCUUGUAUUUAUUAAUUUAUUUCCCUGACCGUUGCCUCACUUCCUUCGAACUCCUGCCUCCAUGGCCCUCCAGUGUCUCAUGGCAGGGAUAGGUCUUGGGUCUUUGUCAUCUUGGUGCUGUCAGGGGUAGGAAGGCAGCCUGCCCCUUCCAGGGCAAACCUGGAAAGGUGGGUCCUUUCUUCUUCGAAGCCAUUUGAACUUACUGCAGGGAUCAGCUCCAUGGGGUGGAGCAUACACAGGGUACUCUGGGGUAGAGGUGAGAAGCAACGUGCUAUCCUGUGCCCUUCAGCCAACUGUGGACUUUCACCUCUACCUCCACCUCCCCUCCCACACCAGCUGCACUCCCCUUGCUGCCAGGGCAGGAGUUAUUUUCCCCAACUCUUGGCAGUUCAGAAAGGCAGAGCCAUCUGGCUCCCAAGGGCAUCCCCAGCCAUCGGGAGACUUGAGUAGGUAUCCAGACCUGAGCCCCCACAUUCCAUUCACCCUCCCUCCAAGAGGGCCCUAGCAUUGCCCCUCUCCCCGUGCCCCACUUUCUUUCCUGUCCAGAACUUGUGGAACCAGCUGUGGGGCAUUGCUGCAGGACAGUAAAGUCCUCUGCUGGGCAAAUGGGCAGCCCUGGCCUCCCCUCCUUAGCCCUCAGCAGGCUGCCGGAGACCUGAGGCCACCUUCUCCCUGCAUCUUGAAUAAUGCUCAGCCAGAAGCCUGUGUAGCAACUUCCCUCAUGGUUUACAGGGUGCUGGCCCACCUUCAGAAGGCACUGGCCACAGAUGGAACCUCCA